AUGCUUAGCCUCAGGUUACUGAUCGAUCAGUUAGAAACACAUAAACCCCCAAACUAUAUCUCUUUCAACGACCUAGAUUCUGCUACUAGUAAUAACCACACAAAACAAGUUUCCAGAAAAUCUCCCGUUCUAGCCCUAAUCGCUGUGAUCCUAAUACCCAUCCCAGCAGCAACCUUGGGAUUCUACCUUGUGACUACUCCAAAUACAUUUGAAGCUGCCUCCCAAAACCUUAAACAUUCAAUCAUCGCAACCUCCUCGCUUCUCAUAUCCUGUUCUGCCUCAAAAGUUUUUUCCGACAUUGCUAUAUCUCGCUCAUUUACCAAAAUUAACAUUCGAACUAACAAUAAACAAGCAUUUAGUAUACGCGAUGCUCUCUACGUUCUCUUUAUCAACAUCAUCCCUGUCAUGGCCUCCGCUGUCUGUGGAAUGUAUUGGCUUUCCCAACACCUAAAACUUGAUCCAACCAUAUUUAGUCAAAUCACACAGUAUCACAAAAACCUCGAGCUUGCUUUUGGAAUCCUCUGGAUUCUCACUUUAAUAGUUCUUAGUGCCACACGGUCAAUCGAUAUCCUAUUUAUCUUUGUAGCCCUCUCCAAACAACGAGCUCAUAAUAAAAUCCAUAAUAGAGUUCCUAGUAUUCCCAUCGAAUUUGAAAAACAAAAUCACUUCAUGAAAUACUGGAAUCAUCGUCGCCACAGAAGCAACAAAAGUGUUUCAAUUCAAAAUAAACUAAAAGUUGAAAAAAAUCAAAAUGAUAAGCCUAAAAAGAAAACUAGCAGUAAUAAAAGUACAAAAUUAAGCUUCUUUGCCAUGUUAAACCCAUUUACAAAAUUCAAUGCUUCUUCAUCAGGUAAAAUCAACAACGGAGGUUAUCUAGGCAACAAUGAGCCUAAGUUAUCAAGGUACCAAUAUCCAGCUCCAGGGUACCGUUACCCCUCAGAGCUCAUGGUAGCCAAUGUAACAAAUGAUUCUCAGCAACAAGACCAGCUUCCCCAGAGUUCCUCCAACUACUCGACAACUACAGAAUUCCCCAAUGAUACAAUAGAAAUGGGGCUUGGUCGGUAUCAAGCACAAAAUAAUGGCACUAACGAAACAACAGAAAAUAACAAUAGCAAUUCGACAGAAAAUGACACCAAGGUUGAAGAAAAUAAUAAUGGAUCAUUUAUAGAAACUCCAGGUGGAUUUCUAGGAGGAGCAUGGUUAAAGGUUAAAUAUAUUUUUUCAUCUAGCAAAACUCAGCUUCAUAUGGGCGAUCAAGCAGUUUCAUCUUAUAACACAGAUGAUAAUACCAGGGAAAAUAGUAAGGAUGAUGAGCCCCAGAUAUUUGAUAUGGGAAGACAGCGAAGCUUUAACCUACAAAAUAGUACAAGUUCGCGCUCCUACCGUCCCACCACCACCAAUGGGUUUAUUGAUUAUAAGCAGAACACAAAAAUUAAAAGAUUAUCCGAUCAAAAUGAAGCCGCAACGGAUCCGGGGCUCAUACCUUCGAUCAAUGAAAGUCUAGAAGGCUCCGAUACCGGCAGAGAUGGGAAUCAAGACAAUAAUGAUGACCAUAUUAAUUCCCUGAAUCACGGCUUUCCUCCCAUUAAUGACUUUAAUAAUUUCUUAGGUUCGGUUAAACUUAGUAGUUUCAAUACAAGCUCAGCCAGUCUUGGAAUAGCGCCGCAGGAUGGCACGGCAUUUGAUGAGUGGGAUUUCAGUAGUGACAGUGUUCAAAACCGUUAUAUUGGAACCAUGCCUGGAACAACUAGUGAACCUUGUCUUUUGCAUCCGCAGCACCAAAAUAACCAAAGUUACCUUCAACAGCAUCCCGCACAAGCCAUUGCAAACUAUGCAGAUCGAUUUUCAUUCCAAUCAAGCACAUCACAACUCAACUAUAGUGGAUUUGUGAGUGGAACUGAUACCCCGACAAUGUCUUCUUCUUCAUUUAUGACUCAGUCCACCCCACGUUCACAUUUCUUUUCCGAGAACCAACUGAUCCAACAACAACAACAGCAACAGCAGCAGCAGCAGCAGCAGCAGCAAAUGCUGAGUACAGGAUUGCUUGUGCCCCCACCUUCACUUCGGGUAUCUCCACCACGCUCUCCAGCUGCGAGAAGUGCACGACAAUCUGUUGCCAGCAUUGAAGAAGAAAAAGGAGAUUUAGUGCAGGGUGGCCGUUGGUCAUCCAUGUCGUUGCAUCAGAUGCAACAGCAGCAGCCGCACGACUACCUUAGUCAUUUGUCGGUUCCGUCGACGCCUCCAUUAGUCGUUCAUAAACGUAGCAAUUCGUCGUUAUCAAUCAGCGAUUUAUCACUUGCAGAACCAUCCGUAUUAUCGGCCCAAAUCCAACAGCAACUCCACCGACGCGGCAAUACAGUUGACGACAGGUACGAUAGGCUGUUAAAUCACCACCAUCAUCACCCAAUGAUGGUCCAAGACCAACUUGGCUCAAUUAAUAACACAUAUGCUCCUGUCAUGCGCAUGGCGUCCUCAGUCGCCAGCAGACGAGCAAGCAUUUUGAGCACGGCCAGUUUGCGGAGUAGUAUUGUUUCUGAAAACAACUCAUCGUCCAGUGUGGAUGGUGCUGCUGACUUUGAUAGCGUCAUCACAACUGACAAUACUGUAAGUCCGCGUAGAAGCACCGAAGAACGCCCAAUCACCGCGCAAUCAGUACUCUUCAAUGUACCUGGCAACAGCGGAAAUGAUACAUUGCUACCUACGGUACCUGAGGUUCUCCAAAGACUGCCCCGGCCAAAACUUCCGGCCAGACACCACAAUCACAGGUAUUCCAUGGAAGACUUUAAAGCUCCUAGAAAUCUCAACAGCCGGUAUUCAAUGGAGAACCUAAAAUCUUCGGUUGCUUUAUGA